AUGCUUUUUCUCUUUCUUUUAUGGGCUGAACGAAAGAUUCCUUUGCCAGCAUCAGCGUCAGUCCCCUUCUCCGAUUCAGUCUGUAACCAUGCAAAAGGAAAAUGGGUUCCAGACAACCGCCGUCCUUUGUAUUCAGGUUCUGAAUGCAAGCAAUGGCUAUCAGGGAUGUGGGCUUGCCGCUUGACACAACGCACGGAUUUUGCGUAUGAAAGUCUUCGAUGGCAACCAAAAGAUUGUCAAAUGGAGGAAUUUGAAGGGUCUAAAUUUUUGAAAAGGAUGCAACACCAUACUCUUGCCUUUGUUGGAGACUCAUUGGGCCGGCAGCAGUUUCAGUCUCUAAUGUGCAUGAUCACUGCUGGGAGGGAAACACAUGAUGUGGAAGAUGUGGGGAAGGAGUAUGGGUUGAUUCUAUCCGAGGGUGCUGUUCGCCCUGAUGGAUGGGCUUACCGAUUUUUGAGCACAAAUACUACAAUUCUCUACUACUGGUCAGCAAUUCUCUGUGAUAUUGAACCUAUCAAUGCCAAUGAUCCAGAGACAGAGUAUGCAAUACAUCUUGACCGGCCUCCAGCCUUUUUGCGCCAAUUCCUUCACAAGUUUGAUGUUCUGGUUCUCAACACAGGUCACCAUUGGAAUCGAGGAAAGUUGAAGGCUAAUAGGUGGAUAAUGCACGUUGGAGGUGUGCCAAAUACUGACAAGAAUAAAGCAGUGGUUUCAGGUGCCAAGAAUCUCACUGUUCACAGUGUGGUUAGUUGGGUGAACUCGCAGCUGUUAGAGUAUCCUAGUUUAAAAGUAUUCUUUCGAACUAUUUCCCCAAGGCAUUUUGUUGGUGGGGACUGGAACACUGGAGGCAGCUGUAACAGCACUACACCAAUGUCAAUAGGAAAGGAAAUAUUGGAAGAUGAAUCUGCAGAUGAAGUUGUAGCAAAUGCAGUGAAGGGGACAAGGGUCAAGAUAUUGGACAUAACAGCUCUUUCUCAGCUUAGGGAUGAAGGUCAUAUAUCACAUUUUAGCAUUUCGGCCAAGCCUGGUGUGCAGGAUUGCUUACACUGGUGUUUGCCUGGCAUUCCUGAUACAUGGAAUGAAAUACUCUUUACACAAAUCUAG